UCCACAGCUGUCAGACCGUGACCAUGGACCAAUGACAGUUACCAGGUGUGACUCCGCCCCCUCGUACUCUCCCACCGAAAUCGGGCGUUGUGCUCAUCAACGCGUAACGUUCGCUAAUUUCUGACAUGGUCGGACGCACUCUCUCUCGGUAAAUUUUGCGUGACACGUCCCCCAGAUGAGCUCCUGGUUUGGCGUGAAUCGUGCGUGAAUGCAGUCUCUUUUUUUCGUUUUGCUUCCCAUCACGGUCAGUUGAACAAAUGUCAAACGCACACAUCUGUCAAAAUUAUCUAUUUUUCCUGCAAAAGUUUUCCCGCCAAAAAAAGUAAAUAGCCAAAAAAAAACUGCGGAAACCAAAAAAAUAUGGAUUUUUUCAGUGUGAUCAAAAUUAUGUGAAUUUCCACUAGAUUUUCCCUAAAUUUUCCGGUCGGUUGUUGCAUUUAAAUCAACAAACAAACAAACAACAACAAGAGAAAAAAAGGUGGAAAAAAUAAUUCUUGGUGCAGUGUUUUAAAAUGUGAAAAAGGAAGCUUGAAAAAUCAGUUAUAAAAUAAAAGUUUAAAAAAAAGAGAAAGAAAAAGAAAAACAAAGAAAGGAAAAGUGAUAAGAGUGAAAAGUGACAAAAAGCAGAGCAAAUAUUUACAAAAAAAGAACAAAAAAAGAAUGCUUGGUAUCUUCAUCUUUGCCAUUAAUCCGGAAAAUAUUGUGAAAAUCUCCUGCAAAAGGCAUCAAAGGACCUCAAUGUGAAGUGAUACAGUGAAAAUUAGUAAAUUGGAAAAUUAUUCAAAAAAGAGAAAAAUAUUUAAAUAAUAUUUAGUGGGUGUUUUGUGACGCUGUUGUUGGACUAAAUUCAAACUGAUUGGAACCGGCCUUCAUCAUUCGUCCCGAGAUGGGGCUGAAACCUUCUGGAAAAUGCCGCACAAAGAGCACAUAAUGAGCCAUCACGGGCACGCGACUUCAGUGUCCCAGAGUGCCCUUUUCGGCUGCUCUACGGCCGGUCAUUCGGGCAUUAAUCAACUGGGCGGAGUCUAUGUCAAUGGGCGCCCUCUGCCCGACAGUACACGUCAGAAGAUUGUCGAAUUGGCCCAUUCGGGUGCCCGACCCUGCGACAUCUCGCGGAUUCUUCAGGUGAGCAAUGGAUGCGUUAGUAAGAUUCUGGGCCGCUACUACGAGACAGGGAGCAUCAAACCGAGGGCUAUUGGGGGCUCUAAGCCCCGUGUGGCUACGACACCGGUGGUGCAGAAGAUAGCCGACUACAAACGAGAGUGCCCGAGUAUCUUCGCAUGGGAAAUCAGGGAUCGGCUGUUGUCGGAAGCCGUGUGCAAUAGUGACAACAUACCCAGUGUGUCAUCGAUAAAUCGAGUACUGCGAAAUUUGGCAUCGCAGAAAGAGCAGCAAGUACAGCAACAGAGUGAAACGGUUUAUGACAAACUGAGAAUGUUCAAUGGACAGUCAAGUGGUUGGGCAUGGUAUCCAGGCGGUGCCGGUGCUCCCCAUCUAUCUCUACCACCAGCAACACCAGCCGCUGCAGCUGCCGUAGCCAAUCUAACGGCUGCCGUUAGCGGUGCCACGGGUUUGGCCAGGGAAGAUCUUCAUAAAAGAGAUCUCUUUGGAAGUGAUAUAUCGCACGCAAAUAGCCACGAAUCAACUUCCGACGGAGCUUCGGAGCACAAUUCGUCCGGUGACGAAGAUUCACAAAUGAGAUUGCGUCUGAAACGAAAAUUACAACGAAAUCGCACAUCAUUUACAAAUGAGCAAAUAGAUAGUCUCGAGAAAGAAUUCGAAAGGACGCACUAUCCGGAUGUUUUUGCGCGGGAAAGACUGGCUGAGAAAAUAGGGUUACCCGAAGCAAGGAUACAGGUUUGGUUUUCAAAUAGACGUGCCAAAUGGCGCCGAGAAGAGAAACUCCGAACACAGAGACGCUCAAGUCAAAUCUGUGACAGUGCACCAGCUCCUCCAACCACCUCAGCCGAGACACAACCCUCCAGUGCACCUCCGCCCACAAAUGGUACCGCUACUCCCGGUCCAAGUCCACCUCUCACAUCAGCAACUCCCCGCCUACCCCUCAAUUCGGGCUUCAAUUCAAUGUACGCCACGAUACCUCAACCAAUCGCCACUAUCAGUGACACCUACAGCUCUAUGACGACGUCAUCGUGUCUGCAACAGAGAGACUAUCCCUACAUCUUUCACGAUCCACUGUCAUUGAGCGCCACCUAUGCCACUCACCCGCGAACUCCGUGCAAUCCAGCGACGGCCCAUCAACAACCAUCGACGCAACAUGCUUCGUACGCCAGUAGCGCCACUGCACCAACAAGUACAGGUGUUAUUUCGGCCGGAGUCUCGGUACCAGUUCAAAUACCUGCCCACAGUACUGAUAUCAGUGCCAGUUACUGGCCGCGUCUUCAGUGAUCUUUGGCGUCUUCGCGUCUUGACUGAAUCCCGCCAAAACGCCAUCUCUAUUUUCCCGCGCAAAACAUCACCCAAUUGUACAAGCAAUAAAUAAAUAAAAAAAAACAACAACAACAAAAAGAACAUUAUACAUUCCAUUGGACAUCACACAAUUUUAAGAAAGAGAGAGAAUUUAAGAAAAAAAAAGAAAAAGAAACUAAAGAGAAGCGAUUUAAGAAAAAAAAAAUCAACAAAAAGACAUUAAAAAAGAAGAAUUAAAAGAAAAUUUAAGAAAAAAGACAAGAAAUAGGUAAAUAAGAAAGAAAAAAAAAGAAUAAAUUAAGAUAAAAAGAUGUAUGUGUAGUUUGUGAAUAAAUAUGACAUAUGAAUUUUCAA